AUGGGACUCGUUCACCACGGCCUGGAUUUAUUCAACUACGACCAAAAGGUCUGUUCUAGCCAAGUCUUGAUCACCGGCGACGACACUCCAUCAAAUAUUGAGUACGAUGAGUAUGUUGUUUACAAACGUCCAGAAGAUUCUGGUCCUGCACCUGCGCCUGCGCCUGCGACUCUGAACCAUCCUUGGGUACAAGACGAUGAGCAUAUCACUCACCACUUUACCCGCGAUGAUACUCCCGGGACUACCAUUUUUGAUCUAGCAUUCCGUCAUGGAUAUAUGCUUGAUCGAGAAGGCACUUUUCGAAAGCCAGACGCUGAUGAAGCACCAUCAGCUGGCAUGGAAGGACGAAUUCGCAGAGUUAUUUGUUUUAAGCGCAAAACAAUCUAUGAUGGUAACCGUGAAAUUCUCAGCAUGACAGUUAACGACCUUGCGGCCAUGAAUCUUCACCCUGCUACUCUGCAGUACUCAACCCGUACUACGACAGAAUCCAGAUUCUGGUCCAAAGAUAGAUCUCAACUGAGCAUUAUUCUCGCCUUUUCAGAGAUGCCAAAGACGCCUUGUGACUUCCUUUCCAUGACUUACAACGUUCGUGAACGCUCGGCUACCAUCUUGGUUCGUCAGUCAUGGGAGCCAAGACGCCACAACAUGGACGACCUCGACGAGUACGAUCAUCGUCUGGAAUCAUGCAGAACCCACUGGGCGCAUCCUCUGAUCACGCCAGUAGUUCUACUUCAAGUACAAUUCAUGCGAUGCGAAGAAGCUGUCAGCGAAAACAACUCCAACGUAGCCCACCUGGAAUAUGACGUGAGCAACAUUGCCGGUUUUGAUGCAACCGACACUGGGAAACGCCUCAGCAGGACUUUCAGCAAUGGGAAAGACGGAGAGAGGAUCGCAUGGGGGCCUAUGACUAUGACAAAGCUCAUGAAGAGAGCACACGAGGUCCUCAAGGAUACUAUCAAGCUUCUUGACACCAUUCGCUGGAUGGAGCGAGCUAUCAAAGUGUUGAUCUUGGCUGGCGACGAACUCAACGAGCGAAUGGGAAACAGCUUGUGUUUCGGCCAGGAUCUUAGCAUGCUGAGUCCUAAUAUAUUGGACCCUUCAGGCGGACCUCCCCCAGUCAGUCCGGUUCUUCCACCUAGGCAGCUUCCCAAACUUCAACUACCAGACGAGAUCACGGAUGGCGAUUCUCUGGGACCUCAUUGGCAUGAGAUUAGACAGUAUCUUGAUGGAUUGCUGCGUCUAUGCAUGGGCCUCGAAACUGAUAGGCGAAUGUCAGAGGCUAGAUGCCGUGCUCAAAUCGAUAUGAUCUACAGUAAGAUGGCGCAAGAAGACAACAUUUUGAAUGCUCGAAUGGCUGUAGCAUCCUCCCGUGACAGUUCCUCUAUGAAAGCACUGGCUGUCAUCACCGCCGUCUUCCUCCCCGGCGAGUUUCUCGGCACACUGUUCGGAAUGUCCAUGUUUGACUGGCUCGGCCCAGACGAAGAAGACGACGACGGUUCCAACCCCAUGACUGACGCAGUGAAGGUGAAUCGUUUCGGGCAGAAUUUCUGGUACUACUGGGCCACCGCCGUGCCUCUUACCAUCAUGAUUCUCGUUGCAUGGCGAGUCUGGUGGGUUAGCCAAGACCGCUACUUCCGACGCCAUCUAUCCCAGGAGCUCAGCGAGGAGAGGUACUGGACUGCUGAUGGGAAACCCCGACAGCUGGAGCGCAGUUUUCUCUGGGAUUUCUUUUAUCUUUCCGCAAGGCGGGAUGAGAAGCCGCGUGCAGUGGUGGCGGAGGAGCUGGCUGAGCUUGAAACUGUCAACUCUACUAUGAAGGAAGGCUACGAUGGGGGGUUACCUCGGGCUACGAUCGUAUGA